UGUGGAUAGGUAUUUCUCCGAGAUCCACGGGAUGAAAACGUAGUCCCUGUUGUUGAAGAACUCAAAAGGCGAUUGGCUCGCCAUGUAGACUACUCAACCUUGCAAUUUCAAGCAUUGGAGGUAGCCCUAGAAGCCAUUUGUAGUUAUCUCGCUGCACGUACAACGGAACUGGAAAUGGUUACAUAUCUGUCGUUGGAAAAGCUUACGAACAAGGUGAGAGAUGAGCUUGAACGUCUAUUGGACGAUGACCAAGAUAUGGCUGACCUGUGCUUGUCAAGAAAGCUGCUUUCGCCAGUUAGUAUAUCAGGUGCUGCUAAUAAGGCUUCUAUCUCCCCAACCUCAGGAUCCAAGAUCUCAAGUUUAUCAACAAUUCACGGUGAAGAAAAUGAUGUGAAGGAGCUUGAAAUGUUAUUGGAGGCUUAUUUCGUGCAAAUUGACCGGACACUGGAAAAAUUAAUCAAUAUGAAGGAGUACAUUGACGGAACAGAAGAUUAUAUUAAUAUACAGAUUGACAGUCGUCGAAAUAAGCUGAUUAAGUGGGAGCUCGUCCUUAGCUCAGGAAAUCUUUGUUUAGCUAUCUUUGCAUUGAUGACCAAUGAUAUAUUUGGCUUGAGUUUUCCGUACAAUUGGAAUAAGAACCAUGGUUUCAUGUUCAAAUGGGUAAUAAUUGUCACAGCAAUGUGCACUGCAUCUCUGUUUCUCACAAUUAUUGCUUAUGCUCGCAAGAAGGGGUUACUUUGAAUCUUUGAUAAUUUUAGAAGGUAAAAUAUAUAAACUAACAUGUAAUUAGAAAUCUCCUUCCAAGUUCUAACAAUUAUCAAACAGUGGUUAUAAUCUCUGAAAUUACAUUGCGGGCCCUUGCAUAGUUUUGUAACAAUUACUGAUUUAUUCGUAACUACUUCUUUAGGGCUGCGGGCUUUACAUGGAGUAUAACAACUUUAUAAAAGAGCUAUUCGAGCUUAUAUAUACUGCACUUUAAGUAUAUGUGAGCAUCUUAAGUAUUAGUUGAAUAUUACUUAUGUUUCU